CAUGAACCCAUUAUGUCAAAACUAGGCUGUAUUACGUUUCUAUUGCAUUCCCCUUACAAUACGUUCUGGUUUGUCGGGCAAAGCAAACUCCUUGUCUGACAUACGGUCUAUUACUCCUCACGGAAACUUCUUUUAGAGGUAUUAGUGUCACCAAGGUUUGGGAAGCCGUUAAAGCAGGAUGACAGCCCUAAAUGGUCAACGGUGCCUAGCCUCGACGUCGCGGCAGCUCAUCCUGAGCGUCGCAGUUGCACUUGGGCUAUUAUGCCGUCACUCCGUUGCAUUAUCUUUAAGCAAUGCUGGUCAAGACGUCUGGGGAGGCGAUAAGCUGUUCAACCGGUGGCGAGAGGUGUUGUCAGCGAGGGUAGGCAAGGGCGAGCCCGCUCCUUCAGUGUUCGAGCAAGCCUUCACGGCUACGUAUACCAGCAAUGAUCCUGGCGAAGUUCAGCGAACUUUGGAACAAUAUGCCCUCCUCGUGCGCUGGUUGGAGUCCACGCCCCAUCCCAACGCUACACAUUUAGCACUGGUGCCAGAGUUUGGAGAUGCGAACGCAUUGGCAAUUGCUAGCGCAGCCGUCAGUUUGUCAAAGCAAAGCAGCAAGGACGCAGCAGGUAUGGUUCAGGCGCUAUCAAGCAUCAGCGACAAGCUAAGUGCCGCAACACCAUGGCGCGGCUAUGCAGCCACCCGCCGCGCGCUUGUCGGCGCUCUGCUCAAGCGCCGGAUAGACUUUGGCGGGCGCUUUCCCGCUGAGGUCCAAUCAGCAGUCGACGGCAUUAUGCUCAAGCUCUUCCAGCUGCACAAAAACUCAUCCGCCAAUCGUGGCGCAGUUCAAUUCUUUCAUGUCUCCAAAUCGGGCGGAACCAACCUCUGCCAAGCAGCCGAAGCCAACGGCUGCGCAACGCAGGGCUUUGACACGCGCACCAACUGCCUCAUCCGUGACUUUAUCGACCAGCCACGCUGGGUCACCUACAACGCCCACAAGUACGUGCAGUAUCGCAUGUCCUCCCGCCAGGCGCUACCCUGGUUUGUCAAUUUCCACACCUUCCGCCCUGUCAUCUCCUGCGAACAACGCCGCGCAUACCUGCUCCAAAACAACUUCACCUUUUACGCCAACGAGUACACCAACCCGCCGGGCGCUAACGUCUCCAGCGAAAUGUGCGAGGACUUUGUCAACCUUAUCAUGUUCCGCCAUCCUUACGAACGCUUGCGCUCCCAAAUCGGUUGGGUUCAGAAGCUCUAUAAGGAGUUCUAUCUCGACGUUGACACCCAGCGCGCCUUCAUCAACCGCACCACGGGCUUUUGGGAGCGCCUGAUGCCUGCUGGCGUGAACAACUACUACAUCCGCAGCCUGCUGGGUCAACGCUUCUUUGAAUUCCCGGUCAUGCAAGUCGCUCCGGAGCACAUUGGCCUAGCACAGCUGGCAUCGCUGCAACACGACAUCCUGCUGAUCCUAGAAUCCAAGACGCGUAACGAGCUGGCGAUGCGUGUGGGCUUGGGGUGGUCGCAGGCGUUACGGGACGGUGCGGUUCGCAGCUCAACUGAACUAGGCGACGCGGUGGCGCUGCCUUUGGAUUACGACACCAUGCUGGAGCGCAACCUGCCUGAUGUCGAGGUGUACGCCUUUGCUCGGGAGAUGCAAGCGCUCGAUACACUGCUUUGGAACUUUGUGGUGAUUGCGGAUGAGCAACUAGGGUUUGAUAACCUGUCUUCAGAGCAAUGCGGGUACGUCUCGAUGGGCUCGGCAAAGGCAGUGGAGGAGCGGGCGGAGCGGUUGAGUGGGGUGACGGUUCCUGUGAUGGCGCUGAGGCCGAAUGCAGCAGCGGCAGCAGCAGCCGCGGCGGCGGCAGGCGAGGUGCCUCCAAGCAGCAUCAGCGGCACUGAAGUCGUGGAUGAGGAAGAGGAGGAUGAGGGUGAGAGCAAGGGCGAGAAGGGGGCGGACGGGAACACGGGGGGUGAGUCGGCUGCUGGAAAGAGCUCGAGCAUGGGUGUGCUUCGGGGCGGAGUUGUUAGUAAGGGUGGGCGAGGCAGUUCCAUCAUUUCGAUCAGCAGGCAUCGGAGAAGCCGGCGUGUCUUGGCUUGGCGGUAAGGCAAGGGGAACUUGGAACGGAGGAAAGUAGCGGAGGGCCUGCUUAACAGCGAUAAGGGAGGACUUGGGUGUUAGAUGAGAUACUUUAGUAGGACGGAUGAUCCGGUAGUGAUUCUAGACAUCGUGUGCCAUUUGGCGAUGAUUGCUCGCCAGUUAGGUUUGACAUGUGCGUCUCUCAUGAAACUGCAUCCUAGAGUCAUGUUAUUUAUCGCACUGCAAGCCAUAUGUGGCUCAAUGCUGUAUUUACUUAAGAAGAGCGCCAAGGCGUGGCAUCCCUUUGGAUUGGCGCACUUGCCUGUUUAGGACGUGUGCCUGUUAUGUGGUUAGGACGCGUUGUACAAGACUUGUACUGCAGUGGCAGUCAGACGCAAAUUGAAAGCGUUGCAAGUGCGCAUGAUGUAUGCACGGUCGGAGACUCCGGAUCAUACUAGGUUAUCCAACUUGGCUUGCCUUUUGCGGUCGAAAGGUCUGCGUUUUGGGCUGUUAGGUGCCAACAUAUAUGCGUGUCGCCACAGGUUUUGCAUGCGCAUACGUUCGGAAAACGGAUUAACGGCCACGCGAUGUAUUGAAGGGAUUAGAAACAACGAAUGGAGCACGGCUAGGACUGAACUGUAUGGCGCACGGCUGGGAAGCCAGUACAGCGGUAUGUGCACACCGUUGUUUAAUGGUAGGCUGGGGGGGGGUGUAUGGCGGCGCAAGCUGCAGGUUAAGACGCCUGUUGGUAUGCGGGUUAUUGCGGCGGAUGACCGCGCGCCUUAGUAUGUGUAGGGAAGUGUCCGCGCGGUGAGAUGUAUUGCCGUAGUGUGUCCGUACAAUUGAAUGGACGGCGCCGGGCGGGCUGUUGUACGGCAACGCCUAUAUGGCGAUGGCCCACAUUUGGAGGCUAAGGUGUCCUUUGUUAUGGUACUGGUAAUGUCACAUGUCCACACUUGCGGUCUUGCCGUUUCAUCCAGGCUUGACUGAUGUUCAUUGCCUCAAGUUCCUGUUUACGUCUUUUUGACCGCAAACACGUCAGUGCGGUUUCGGAGAAAGCACCGGUACACAGCCUGCUUGUCAAACACCACCUAUUGGCCCUCUCGUACAUAACGCACCCAUGUCCCACUCCAAAGCACAAACCGGCAGCGCACCUCUCCCGCCACUUGUAAUGCGACCAACGCUGAUUCCGAC